CGCCCCGGCGACGUCACCGUGUUUACAGUGCGCGCGUGGCGCGGCGCCGCGCUGGGGAUCGGGGAGCGAACGGGGAACCGGGAAAGGGCCCCGCGCGGUGCGCUCCGUGCUGGGGGGGAAUUGGCUGCGGCUGUGCUGAGCUCAGUGCUUUUGAGCGCCGAGGAAAUGUGUUGAGGCGGCAUUUUCUUCGCUGCAGUCAUCGCGUUUGGCACUUUUCAGUGCGAUCUUUCUUCGGGAACCUCUCAAAAACGGAGAAAUCAGCGGUCUGCAGAGCCGGGCUGUGUCUGGGUUCAGUGUCCUCCGGGUCAGCUGCCUUCCACACCCCCCACAUCACACACACACACACACAUGCACCCACCCCACCCCCGUGCUGUGUCUCUGGAAGGGGAUGGGGGGGGGAGGGGUCCAGACUGGUGCUGUUUUCAGGCACAGCCCCGUCCCAGAGCCACUCCCAGAACACAGCACACACUGCCCGGUUCCUCAGGUACAGACACUGCAGCCCUCGUGUCCGACAGAAGUGAUGUUGUGAUUCAGGGUUGGGGAGCACUCUCCUGACCCCAUCGCAGCUCCCUGGGUCCCUGCACUCAUCCCAGCCACGUCUGUCCACCAGCUCCCUCACAUUUCUGUGCUUGCUCUGCACAGCACCUCUUGUUGGCCUGUCCUUUUGUGUCUGUAUCUGUGGGUUUAUGUAUUUUUCUUAGCAGAAAUGACAGUGCGAGGUGCAGAGUGAGCACGGAUUCUGAGGUCAGGGCUGUGUGAGCUCCCUGCCCUGCUCUGCUCCCUGAGGAGCCCUACCUGUGCCCGGCCUGAUACAGUGUUUAUUUCUUCAGCUCUGCUGUCAUGAAGGAAGUUUGAGUAUUUCCCAGGAGCAGGGAAUCAUCCAGCCCUGUGGGACACACAUUUCUGCAGCCAUACCGACCCCAGUGUGCAGUCAGAGGGUUCUGCAGGGCUGGUGUUAUGCCUCUCCCCCGAUAUUCUCUUCCUUCUGCCCCUUUUUCCAGCGGCCAUUUUGUUUGCUGGGGUGUGGGGGGGGGGAGGAAACAGAGGAAAGAAAGAGAAAUAAUGGCAUGUGAAAGUGCAGAACUGAUUUCAGGAGGCAGCAGUCUGCGUGUGCUCCCCCCACUGCAGCCACCUCCCUUGGUGGCAAAGUGACCCUUAUGGCCGUGCUGUCAGGUUGUCACAGACAUCGUGCUGCAAGAACAUUGUCCUCUGGGUAUAAAUAGCCACCUCCUGGCAGGCUCUGGCCUUGGGAACAUCUGAAUUGUGCUCCUCUGCUCCGUGUCCUGCAGAACGCUGAUCCCGCUCACCUCUAGCAGUCAGAGCCGGGCGCAUUGCGGGAGCCUGAGCUGCAGCUGCUGGAGGAGCAAAAAUCUGUAUUUGCUGACUGUACAGCUGGGUCUUGGCUGCAACUCUGCCUCUUACGUCUAGCAAACAAAAGAGCAGCGAACAGAAUUGCUGUUGGCUGGCACGGAAGGUACAAAGGUGCUCGCAGACUGCACCUGCACGGAGCAGAGCCUUGCUGCAGGAGGCAGCGCCUGGCUGUGUGGGACGGACGUGGCUGCUGAGGAUUCAGUUUGUUGGGGUGCAGUGACAUUCUGACCUGAGGUGUGAGGGAAGGAGGUGCAUAGGGACAGGAGCCCAGGUAUGCCUCUGUAUGAAGACAGCCCCAGGAGCUGCUGUUAUUGAUCUGGCAUGCUGUCCUCCCUGGCAGUGAAGGAGUCUGCUCCCCUCUGGUUUCAGCCUCCCUUGGUCUUUGUUUUCUUAUCUCUCAGCUCUGAAGAUAAGGAAGGGAGAAGGUGGUGCUGUCCUGGCUUUGCUGGGGCUGAUAGGGACUGCCUCAAUGGGAAAUGUGUAUGGCUGCAGGUCAGCUUUGGGUGGCAGGAGCAGGGAGGGCUGCUGAGUUUUUCUCAGAUCGGCAAUGGGAUUCCUGUGAGCCCUGGCACCAAGCCAUGGGUUUGGGCUGCUUGUCCUCCCCACAGGAAGAGUUGGAUGCAGAACUCAGACUGUAACCCAGCUGUGCUGGCAUUGCUGGGUUAGCACCCACAGUUUGGAGAGGAAUGAGUGUGGCAGCGGUGUUCAGCACCUAGCAGGUGCACCGUGCAGGUAAAGCUGUCCCUUCUACUCAUUGCCAGUGAUGUGCUCCUGGACCGUGCCAGGCUGUGUCCUUGGGAGCAUCAUGGGUCUGGCAGGACUCGCUCUGGGCAGCUCUGGCUGUGCUGGGCAGCGGGUGUGUGGGGCUGUGCUGUGCUCAGGGGCUGUGAGGAUGCAGCUGGGAGCAGAGGCGCGGGCUGCUGGCAUGCUGAGUCAGCGUGACUGGCCCUGAGCAGGCGUGCUCCGGACCUGGCUGCUGCUGCCAGGCUAUUUUUAAAAAUGUGGCUUCCGUGUAUUCUGGCUCCUCCUAGUUUUUUAAUUUCCCCCCCCACACACACACACCCCAAACAAAAAACAGCAUUGCUACAAGUCUCCGUGGCCGGAGGGCUGUGGAAAGGCAGCAGUUUCUGCUCAGGGACAGAAUCUGUUGCUGUGCUAGCCUGACUGACGUGGCUGCCGUGUUAUGACGACCCCCAACAAAGGAAACAAGGCCUUGAAGGUGAAGCGGGAGCCAGGCGAGAAUGGGACCAGCCUGACAGAUGAGGAGCUGGUGACCAUGUCUGUGCGGGAGCUGAACCAGCAUCUGCGGGGCCUGUCCAAGGAGGAGAUCAUCCAGCUGAAGCAGCGUCGGCGCACGCUGAAGAACCGAGGCUACGCGGCCAGCUGCAGGGUCAAGCGCGUUACCCAGAAGGAGGAACUGGAGAAGCAGAAGGCAGAGCUGCAGCAGGAGGUGGAGAAGCUGGCCUCUGAGAACGCCAGCAUGAAAAUGGAACUCGAUGCUCUCCGCUCCAAAUAUGAGGCACUCCAGAACUUCGCCAGAACCGUGGCCCGGAGCCCUGUCACCCCCGUGCGGGGCCCUCUCACCUCCAGCAUGGGGCCCCUCGUCCCUGGCAAGGUCGCUACCACUAGUGUCAUCACAAUAGUGAAAUCCAAAACGGACGCCCGGUCUUAGUGAAGCGAGUGUUGCCUGAGCUUGUCUGUGCAGGGCAAUUAGGCACAAAACCAGCCUGGAAUCCCCAAAGCACAAACCCUCCCUACACGGGUCAGGGUUCCUUCUACUUGGCCCAGGACUGGCCUGCUGAUCGCUCUGGUUUUGUUUUGUUGUGUUCAGAUUGGUAUGAGCAGUGGUGAUGCAUCCCUUGUCCUGUGCAGACAGCACCUCCCACCCAGCGGUCUGUAGCCCUCAGCUGCCCUUGGGACAGGCUGUAAGAUCUCGGUGUUCUAGCCAAAGGAAGUCUGUGCUGCGCAGCGAGAGGCCUGGAGGGAGGCUUUCUUCCUGGAACCCCAGUUUUCAGUCACUUCCAAAGGCUUUAUUUCAUUACUCUUCCAGGUGGUGUAUCCAGGUGCCCGACUGCCCGGCAUCUGAGCCUGCUGCUUUUGUCUCAUCCGGUACCUGUAGUUGCAGCUGGGGUGUUCUGUGUAAUAGAUGUGGUAUUCAUUUCUAGGUGCGCCUCUGUGCCCAAGCAGUGAGUUUCCUUCAGGCUUCCAUUGCAGUAGAGUGCGGAUAGCGGCGGUGGAUGGGAAGAUGCUGGUGUGUCCCACUGCCUCUACCCCAGCUGAGGGGAGGGGGAUGGGAUGGGGUCUGCGUGGGGGCCCAGCAUCUGGGGGGGGGGGGGGGAGGUACCUUGCUGACUGCAGGCCGGUUUUGUGCCUAAUGUGUUGCACUGAACAAGACCAAAAUCACUAGUUGUUCCCGUGUUUUGAGGGUAUCAAGUGUCUCUAGUGUGAUGGUUUACACGACCAGUUUAUGUGGUUAAAUAGCCCUUUUAUUUAAAGAGAAACAUCGUUUUAAGAGUUAUUAAAUUAUCUAAGUUUAAAAUGAAAAUCAGACAGAAGAGAGAGCGUAUUUAUAGUCAGCUUUUUUUAUCCGAGAGGGCGAGAAUAUUUGGCCAUAGAAAUGGGGAAAUAUUCUCGGAGACUUUGCUAGUUAGAAGUUAAUAAAUAAAUAAUUUUAAAGUUUCUCAUGAACCUCCCGCAAACUGUUUGUGGCUCCGAGGUUAGUUUUUAUAAAGAGUUAUCAGACUUUAUUUAUAAAACUUAGAAAAAGAAAAAAAAAGACAAAAAAAGAGGCAAGUCCUGUUUGAUAUCUUUUUGCAAUUGUACCAAAAGUGACUUAUUCUCGAUCUUGCUGGCUCCGUUGUGUCCCCUCGUGUUGCGCUCUCUGUGCUCUCCGAGCUCCGCGUGGCGCUGUGCUGUGGUGCUGUCAGUGGCUGCCUUUGCCAUGUGCUGUCGUUCUCAUGCUUCUGUUGUUUUCCCUGAGCUCGAGCGAGAGGUUCGCUUGGAAUCUCUCCGAAUUCUCCAGGAGGAUUCUGGCACACAGGCAAAGUUGCUGUUUUUGUUAGAGGUGAAAAUGAAUGGCUGAUGCCGCUGAGGAGUGAUGCCUGCCCUGAAAACGCUGCUCUGCAGAGGGGCUUUGCAGGAAGUCUGCUUCUCUCUGGGUGUUGCAACUGUUGCUUCUGCACAAGCAGCUCAGGCCUCUCACUGCCCAGCCAGUGCUGACCUCGGAGUUACCUGCAUGGGGGAUGCGUUCCCAUUGGAACUGCUCUCCUCUGGCUGAGAAGUAACACAAGGGAGAGCUAUAUAAGUUCAGAAGGAGACUGAGGGGAUUGAAGAUGGAGCUGGAUGUGGAUCCUGUGGUCAGAGCUCACGCUGUGCUCAUGGCUCCUCUGAUGAGAGGCAGGGCUGACAGCGUUUUGGGCGGUGCAGGACCUGCACUUGUCCUGAAGCUGCAGCCUCUUGUGCUGAGCAUCAGCAUACUAAAGUGAGCAGUGUCUUGGUUACUUUUUUUUUCCUGGUGCAGCUUCUGGCUGUAGGUAUUGGUAAAGGUACUUAAACUUACAGCUGUGUGACACAGCUGAAAAACAAUUUGUGGUCAGGCUCCAUGUUCACACUAGGACAGACCUCCCUGCCCUCACCUCCUGAAAGACUCGAUUUGAUUACUGAGUUGUUUUGGAGAAGCAGGGCAUGGGGAUGAAGUCCAUUUGAUCUUUUGGGUGUCGAAAAUCACCUGAGCACAGGAGACAGAUAAGGAUGGCACAAGUGAAGUGUGGUUUGCUAUACUAGGUGUGUUUUGGUAAUGAGUUUCUUAUGUAGCUGAACUGAUUCUGUUCUCUGGGCUGAAAAGCAGGUACAUCUAAUGAAAGCUGUAGCACAGCAGGAGAGGAGCUGAUGGGAUUUCUUGUUGAAAGAGGAGAUCAGCUUUGCACUGAUUAAUUGCAGACUAAGGGAGAAGCUGUUUGGAAUGCUUUUCCUUGUGAGCUUUGUGGAUAAGGAGUAGGUUAGAACAUCACCUCCAGGCUUCCCCCAUCCAGCUCAUGGGUUUUCUCCUCUCUGAACUGAGGUGUUUGUUGUUCUGCUUCCUUACCAUGCACCGGAUGGGCUACUUGCUGUGCAACACUUUACACAGACUUGUAGGCUCGAGCCUUUGUCUUCCAGCUGCUGGGUGGUGUGAGGAGGAGAUGAGACAUGACACAGAGUCCUCUGGAUGGCUCAGGCUGUAAAACCCAACCCUGUUUCUCCUGGAACCCUGAGAACCUGGCAGGAGGGCCUCCCAGCUGGAGGCCUGACCUCUGCAGAGCAAGCAGACAAGGUUUUGUGUGCAAAACUGUCUCCAUUUGCUGGAGAUUGUUGUGAGGAGGGCUCCAUCAACAGAGCAGGCAAUGACAGGCAGUCCCACAGCCCUGGCAAACUCGUUUCCAUUGUAUUCUGCACCUGAUCCUUCUCUGCCUGCUGGACGGCAGUUGCUGCUGCCAGUAAGAGUCUGUGCUUCCCUGGAGCAAGUGAGGAGGACAGAACAGGCAUCAGCGCUGACUCCAGCAGCCAUGAAUGCUGUCAUUUCUCCUCCUCUGCGCUGUGCUUGCUAGCUCGUGGUCCCAGCUUGCUUUGAGUGGCUGAAUGCAUUCGGUGAGGACACAUCUCUUUAGGGACGUGUGGGCACAAAGCUGCUGCCGUAGGGCACCCGUGUGGUGAACCAGCUCUGCAGCUGAGAUGGUUCCCCGCUCACAAAGCGCUCUGUCUGGCUCCAUCCUAGAGCUGCUGGAGGGGAUGUGCUCCUCUUUGCGGGUGCUGCUUCCCCGUACUGGCGUGGUGUUUUUGGUUUUGUUCUCAGUGAAGUAUUGGAAUCCGAGUAAUGUAUUUCUGCGGUGUCUGAAGAAUCUCCCGUCGCGUUCAGGGCACGCAGUCCUCACCACCCGGCACCCGAUGCCUGCGUGAGGCGGCCGUGCCCCGAGCCCAUCGCUCUGCUCUCUCUCUCUCUCGUAUAUAGCGUUCUGGAGUGUGGCAGUUCUUGUUCCUGAGGUGCUCGUCCGUUCGGUUUCCUGCUGUGAAGGGUGUUGUGUUUUCUUUCUCCUUUCCCGGUACAUUUUUGAUGCAGUGGUUGGGAGGCGGGGCCCGGCCCCAGCCGCCCUCAAAGGAACCAUGAAGUGUGUCCCCUGCAGCGGCCCGGCCGGGCGGGGCUUUGUGUAUCGUGUGGUGAAUCGUGUCGAGUGACUCCCGCGUCGUGCGGCGCCGGCGGGCAGCGCUGUCCCGGGGGAGCGGGGCGGGGAGGGCCCGAGGUCGGAGCCACCGCGCCGCCCUUCCCGGCCCGGCGGGGCGCCGCCCUCAGACGAGCACCGCCCGAGGGGCCGCGGGGCUCCGCCGGGAUCCGCCGCGCUGCGGACCGGGGCGCUGCCGGACCCGGCCCGGCCCCGGGCCCGUCCGCUGUCGUGGGGAAGGGGUGCAGCGAGGCCGCGGUUGGCGGGCGGGAGGCGGUAUUUAUUGCUAAGUUAUUGCCCCGCGCGGCGACGGCGGGCGUUAUUUAUUGCUGUACAUAGUGUUCGUCUGCCGGCGCGGCCGCCGUU